UGAUUUUCUAUUAACACCUAUUAAUAAAAGCAUUGUUGUGACAUCACAGGAAGUGUGCUGCGUGGAUGACAGCCCCAAAUCUGCUCAGAAAAAAACGCUCAAUAUCUGCGCGCGCCUCGACUCACGUGUGACAUCAUCAUGUUCCUGUGGAGUCACGCCGCAUCAGACGGCCGUGCGACUGGUACGCACGGACGUGAAGAAGAUGGCUCACGUCCGUGCGGCCCCGUGUUUGCUUUAUCCGCAGUGACUCCUCUCGCUUCGGGAGCCCCGGGGGCCCCGGCCAGCGUGGAGCGUCUCUCUCAUUAGUCAGAUGAGGAUCGGUCCGGUGACGGGCUGCACUGGAGACUUGUGGCCAUGAGAGCGGCGUGGCUUUGUUUCUGCCUGCUCCUGCUGCACGCUCACAAAAGCGGCCCUGCUCUCGCCAGAUCUGACGAGGACUCCGAAAGAGGCGCGCCGGCCGUCGACGCCAUGAAGACCGUCGGGGCGUCGAACUCGGUGCUCGGCCCGGAGCGCCGCUCCAUCCUCCGGCAGGAGCGCGCCCAGCGCCUGUCGGCCCAGGUGCCCAAGAGAGCCCAGCAGGGGUCACGCUUUGCUCUGUCCCUGGACGUGCCCACCAGCAUCCUCAGUGUCCUCAUAGACCUGGCCAAGAACCAGGACUUGAGGACCAAAGCGGCGGCCAACGCAGAACUGAUGGCACGGAUUGGCAAGCGGAAAUAACAGAAAAGACAAUUGCGGACAAGAAGCCAUUAUUAUCUGCUUCACCUGGUCCUUCAUGUAUGAUGACAUCACUUGUACCAGAUAAAGCUACUCUGUGACAUCUGCUUCAUCGCCUUGUUCUAAUCCAAUCUGUUCCUCUGUUUGCAGCCUCUUCAAUUCAAUAGCAUUAUAAUCAUAAUAACACAUUUCCACUCUGCCCGGUCAGGCAUCGGCGAGCCUUUGAAGGCGAGCGAACGCGUCACGGCGAUGGCCGAUAAACCCGACAUCGCGACAGGAUAUUGACCUCGCGAAGGCGGCUUUCACAUCGUGUACGCCGCCUUUUGUUCGCUCGUUACGUUUGACGCUCCCUGGCUAUUUCCGGUCUUCAUCUGCAAAGGCGUGACUCAGCCAGCGUCCCGCACUGAGCGUGAAAUGUGAUUCAGCCGAGUGAAAUAAAUGAAUUCACACUGCGAGUUUGCUCUGUUUUACGCAGGUCACCGUCUUGUGACCCCAUCAAUUAAAGCUUAGAAGGCUUGCAGACGUAUUCACUCAGCAUUCACGACUACUCAUGCAAAAGCUCAUGAUGAUGAUGUGCAUGUAGUACGGAGGUGUCCAAACCUUUUUGACUCAGGAGGGCUGAAUUAGGCUAAAAAAAAAUGUGGCCGGGGUCCGAAAAGCUGACUGCAUGAAAUGUAAGAAAAUAUAUACACACAUAUACGUUAGGUCCGGAAAAAACACACAGGCUAUAUCAUCCCUACAAGCCUGUUUCAAAACAGGCUUGUAGGGAUGAUAUAGCCUGUGUUUUCCCGCUCUACCCCGGU